UCGCGUUUCUUUUGGGGCCCAGUCGUCUUCUCCAGUGCCCAGAGUCGAGACCCAGAUCCGCUGCUCAAAUCCUUCCUCUUCCCAGCGGCUCGAGGCGACGGGCAGAUCCAGAGACUGCAGCGAGGAGGUUGGGGAUUUCCCGUUCCGCCAGAAGAAGAGGAGAGGGAAUGGGGAAGAGGGCCAAGUGGUUCGGCGCCGUGAAGAAGGUCUUCGGCCACAAAUCGAAGGAGAAGAGAGAAAAAUCGAAAAAGAAAUUGGGUCGCGGGACAUCCCGACUCCGGGAUGUAUCUGCUGCUGGGACUGUCGACGUUUCUGGUCGAGAGGUAGUUCCUUCGUUGCUGCCUCAUCCAGAUGAGGAUAAAGUGGUGGAGGUUGAGAUUGAGGAAAGCAACUAUGCUAACUCUCUGCCGCUUACUCCUCUUGAUCCUCCAGAACCUGCAGUUACUACCGAAAGAGAUGCCAGCCAUGUCACAGCUUCAUCAAAGUUCCCCGGCAAGACAAGAGAAGAGAUUGCUGCAGUCAAGAUCCAAACUGCUUUCCGGGGUCACCUGGCAAGGAGAGCUUUACGGGCACUGAGAGGACUGGUUAGGCUGAAGUCACUUAUUGAUGGCAACUCUGUCAAACGCCAAGCAACAACCACAUUGCGAUACAUGCAAAUGCUAGCAAGGAUCCAAUCACAGAUUCGGACAAGGAGAAUUAGAAUGCUAGAAGAAAACCAAGAUCUUCAGCGGCAAAUGCUACUUAAACAUGAACGAGAACUUGAAAUUUUGAAGAUGGGAGAAGAAUGGGACGACAGUUUGCAGACAAAGGAGCAACUUAAAGCAAGUUUAUUGAGCAAGCAAGAAGCUGCAAUAAGAAGAGAAAGGGCAUUGGCUUAUGCAUUUUCUCAUCAGUGGAAAAAUUCCUCAAAACCACUGAACCCGAUGUUUAUGGAUCCCAAUAAUCUACAAUGGGGUUGGAGCUGGUUGGAGCGCUGGAUGGCAGAAAGGCCAUUGGACAAAAAGAGCACAACAGAUAGAGAUCUGCUGAAUGAGGUCACCACUGCAAAGAGAAUCGCUCAGAAUGAUGGAGGUGGGGAUAUCUUAAGAACUUAUGCUAAUAGGGAUAGGAAUUCAGAUAAGCCCUCCCCAGCAGCAUCCCAGAAACCGACUCGCCCUGCAAGCCGUCAGUCUCCUUCAACACCACCUGUCAAGCCCCCUUGGUCAUUGGGGAAGGCUAAAUCAGAAAGCCCAAAACCAGUAUGGAGCGCAUUGGAAGAUGACUCAAGGAGCAUGGUCAGUAUGCAGUCAGAGAGAUCUCAGGGGCACAGCUUGGCAGCUGCAUCAAUGAGGGAUGAUAAGAGCCUUUCUGGUUCGUCAACCGUGCCAAGCUACAUGGCAACAACAAAGUCUGCAAAGGCGAAGUCCCACCUCCACAGUUUUCCAAGUGACAAACUUGACUCUGGAGAGAAAUCUUCUGUUAAUUCUGUGAAGAAGAGAUUGUCAUUCCCCACAGGACAAAAAUUUUCUCCGGCAUCUCCUGUUGCAACGAGGAGGAACUCAGGUCCUCCCAAGGUGGAAUUGGCAUCAGAAAAUGAUAUAGAAUCCACAGGAGAAGCUAGCAACUCAACUAAAUCUUAAGAUGAUAUAUAGUGAGGAAAAUAUAGAUGUUAUAUCAAUUUAUGACCAUUUAUUUUAAGACGUUCCGUGAGCGAUAAACAUUAAACAAGUUGAUAAGGAUUGGUUUGUGUAUAAGAAUUGAUUACUUUUACUGAGCCGAAAGUCGUUU